AUGCAACCGCACCGUCUACGCGUUACCUUGUCUCAUUGUUCCUUCAUUGUACGCGGUUGAUGAAAAACUAGGAUAAACCGUGAGCACGAGGUGGACCACGGAAAUACGACGCUGACAGUAACUCAUCAUCUAACAAAUUCCAAUAGCAUCAAAUGUCACUGAGACAGACGCGUGUUAUUGCGACGUUUGUGUUGUUUUCAUACGUCACGACAAAGUAACAUUAAAAACAAGUUUUUUUUGUCGUUGAAAUUUUCGCUCAUGUGGAACUAGAACAGACGCAUGUGAAUGUGCUUCGUGAACACGCGGCUCGUUGUCCCAGAAAAUCAUCAAUUGUGAAUUUAGGAGAGAGAAGAGAUGAGAAAAUGCGGGAGUCAGACGAUCAGUGUACUACUGGACUAUAAGAAGUAUCCAACAUGAAGAUUUUAACAAAGAUAAUUAAAAUCACCGAACUAGUUACAUUAAAAUCAUGAUUAAAAGAAAAAUAAACAUGUUGAUUAAUCCUCUAAUCAUUGCAUAUAAAUUUUAAAUGAUAAUAAGUACGAGUGUUUUAACAAUCGUUAUAAACUAUGUGUGUUCAAACCAAUUAUUGAUUUUUAAGAAUUAUUGUUGUGUUCAUUUAAACAUUAGAAUUUUAUCACUGUUCAAUUUAAUACGAAAGUGGCUUGAGUGAUUUAAAACGCGUGGAGUGAAUAAAAUAAAAUCGUGGUUUUUCAAGUAGAUACUCUAUCGCAGUUGUUGAUUAAUUCAGAAAAAUAUUUAAUUAAAUACAAUCAUGACUGACAUUAUAACACAAGAUUUGCACGAAUUACUAAUUUAUUUCUCGAAGAAUACGUACAAGGCCAAAGAUGCUGAUAGCACGGGACAAGCAAUAAUGCAGAAAUGUCUGCUCCUAGCAGACCUUGACUACACUCACUCAGUAAUAAACAAUGGGGCUGGUGAUCUGAGUGCCCACUACCCGAGUCACUUGAUAAUUCUCGAAAACGAGAAGCACAAAAAUCCGAAUGAAACCCCACCGCCAAUGCCACGGACAACCGAAACCAUUUACGAGAGCUCAUACGAGCCGAAUAAAUUGAAGGACGUGAUAAAAUCCGCUAGAUUUGCAAGGUGUCGCUCGAGAUUUCCACUGCCAGUGAUACUGUACAAGGGGAGACACAUUUGCAGAUCAGCUACGCUGUCAGGGGGUCCCGAAAUUUAUGGAAGAUCUGGGUUGAAUUAUUUGUUCGCUGGUAAUGAAACUGGAGGCGGUGAACAGCGGGACGACGAAGCUAGGGGCGGUGAGGGGGUGCUCAGUGAUUGGCAGCUAUUUGAUAAAGUCAGAAAUCAGGAUAUUAAGUUAUUGAAAACACUCAAUGUUGGGAACAUCAUUGACUUUAUGGUGGAGAAGAAAAAAGUCAAGUUUGGGAUGAAUGUGACGUCCUCGGAGAAGGUAGACAAGGAGAAACGAUACUCCGAUUUCACGAUAAUCUCCCUGCCCUACCCGGGCUGUGAAUUCUUUCGAGAGUUCAGGGAGAAUGAUUAUCAUGCCAAGGGUUUAGUAUUCGAUUGGUCGCAGACUCACGUCGAUGCGGAGAUCGGAGUGCCUGAGGACGUCAUAUCGACACAACUGAAGAUCAGUUGGGAGCAGUAUCAGCAGUGGGACCUAGUCAAACUGACCCAGAAUUAUUUGAAAUUGAUACUGAAGUAUCUCAGUGAGAGCAGCAGUGGAAUGCUCAUUCAUUGUAUUUCAGGAUGGGACAGAACUCCACUAUUCGUUUCCCUCCUCCGCAUAAGUUUGUGGGCAGAUGGGGCGAUCCACACAUCCCUGAACCCCCACCAAAUGCUGUACUUCACAAUCGCCUACGACUGGCUGCUCUUCGGCCACGACCUCCCAGACCGAUUGAGCAAGGGCGAGGAGAUCUUCUUCUUCUGCUUCUUCUUCCUCAAGCACAUCCUCGAGGAGGAGUACAGUGUCAAUCCAAAGUACCCUCGCACUAGGCACUCAGUCCUACGAAACGACAGUGACUCUCAACUGGACAACGUCAUGUUCGAUAAUGAAUCAGUGGUAACUCACAGUUCAGUCAGUUCGAACAUGAGUUUGAACAGCUGGUGCAGUUCUCUCAGUCAAAAUAGUCGAGACAGCCAGGACAACAAUCCACCGAAUGUUUUCCCGUGUUCUUCCAAUGAUGGGCAAGAGGAUUGUCACAGUAAUGGGAAUGUCGUAACAUGGCCUUUCUACAGUUCCCCCCAAAAAGACACAGUUGCCUCGCGCUCUCCUUUGCCCCAGAAUCGCACAUCCCCCGUAGCAGUACCUGUUUCCACCCGUUUUCGUCAACGAAACGAAUCAACGUCUUCCGCUGGCUCCUGGCAGAUGAUAUCAGGCACUGGAAGCCUUCGUGGCUCAACCACCUCGAAUCUCAUGCUGACCGAGCACUUGUCCGCUUGUGGACUUACAUGCAACAAGCCACACUGCAGCAUCUGCUUAGGGCAAACCUCACAAGACUCAACUACGACGAUUGUUGAAGAUGAAUCUGCUGUUUCAUUGGCACAAACACGAAAAGAGAAACUUUACGCAUUACGACAAUUAUUCUACAACGCUUACAACACUGUUGGCUUUAGAAUGAAAGAGAACUCCGAGUCAAGUGGUUUGGGUCAACUGCUCGGUAAUUUCGCUGAAAAAGUGGGCCUGUCUGUACAACGCACAUCAUUGUGACCAUAAAUCAUUGAUAAAUACCACCGUUGUUAAUUCACACUAUUUCUCAUUUAUCUGUUCAAUGAACCUUGAAAGUUUAAUGAACACUGAGGAGUGUUAAAUUCGAGUGUAAGUCUAUUGAAUAUUGUGAAUAAGGCACAUUUUUGGUAUAAGUGGACGAGAAAAUAAAAACUUGAUAUUUUUGUAUAUAAAA